AUGAAGGCUGUUCGUAACCUGCUGAUUUAUAUAUUUUCCACCUAUCUCCUGGUUAUGUUUGGAUUUAAUGCUGCCCAAGACUUCUUGUGUUCAACUUUGGUGAAGGGAGUCAUUUAUGGAUCGUAUUCUGUAAGUGAAAUGUUUCCCAAAAACUUUACAAACUGCACUUGGACGCUGGAAAAUCCAGAUCCAACCAAAUAUAGUAUUUACCUGAAAUUUUCCAAAAAGGACCUUAGUUGCUCUAACUUUUCCCUCCUGGCUUAUCAGUUUGAUCAUUUUUCUCAUGAAAAAAUAAAGGAUCUUUUAAGAAAGAAUCAUUCUAUAAUGCAACUCUGCGAUUCCAAGAAUGCUUUCGUUUUUCUACAGUAUGAUAAAAAUUUUAUUCAGAUACGUCGAGUAUUUCCAACUGAUUUCCCAGGAUUACAGAAAAAAGGGGAAGAAGAUCAGAAAUCUUUUUUUGAGUUUUUGGUACUGAACAAGGUGAGCCCAAGCCAGUUUGGUUGCCAUGUAUUGUGCACUUGGUUGGAGAGCUGCUUAAAAUCGGAAAAUGGGAGAACAGAAUCCUGUGGGAUCAUGUAUACAAAAUGCACCUGCCCUCAGCAUUUGGGAGAGUGGGGGAUCGACGACCAGUCCCUGGUUUUAAAUAACGUGGUGUUACCACUGAAUGAGCAGACCGAGGGCUGCCUGACCCAGGAGCUGCAAACCACCCAGGUCUGCAAUCUUACCAGGGAGGCCAAGCGACCACCCAAAGAAGAAUUUGGAAUGAUGGGAGAUCAUACAAUUAAAAGUCAGCGACCUCGAUCUGUUCAUGAAAAAAGGGUCCCUCAGGAACAAGCUGAUGCUGCUAAAUUUAUGGCACAAACUGGUGAAUCUGGUGUGGAAGAGUGGUCCCAGUGGAGCUCAUGCUCAGUUACUUGUGGUCAAGGGUCGCAGGUGCGAACCAGAACUUGUGUAUCACCUUACGGGACACACUGCAGCGGCCCAUUAAGAGAAUCAAGGGUUUGCAAUAACACUGCCCUCUGUCCAGUACAUGGAGUUUGGGAGGAGUGGUCUCCAUGGAGUUUAUGUUCAUUUACAUGUGGUCGAGGCCAAAGAACGCGAACGAGGUCAUGCACCCCUCCUCAGUAUGGAGGAAGGCCAUGUGAAGGACCUGAAACACAUCAUAAGCCUUGUAAUAUUGCUCUCUGUCCAGUUGAUGGACAAUGGCAAGAAUGGAGUUCCUGGAGCCAGUGCUCAGUGACAUGCUCAAAUGGGACCCAGCAAAGGAGCAGGCAGUGCACUGCCGCUGCUCACGGAGGAUCUGAAUGCAGAGGGCCAUGGGCAGAAAGUCGAGAAUGUUAUAAUCCAGAAUGUACAGCUAAUGGCCAGUGGAAUCAGUGGGGUCACUGGAGUGGAUGUUCCAAGUCCUGUGAUGGGGGCUGGGAGAGGCGAAUAAGGACUUGCCAGGGUGUGGCCAUCACAGGGCAGCAGUGUGAAGGAACAGGUGAAGAAGUGAGAAGAUGCAGUGAGCAGCGAUGCCCUGCACCUUAUGAAAUAUGCCCAGAGGAUUAUAUGAUGUCGAUGGUGUGGAAAAGGACUCCAGCGGGUGACUUGGCAUUCAAUCAGUGCCCACUGAAUGCCACAGGCACCACUAGCAGACGCUGCUCUCUAAGUCUUCAAGGAAUGGCCUUCUGGGAACAGCCGAGCUUUGCAAGAUGCAUAUCAAAUGAGUACAGACACUUGCAGCAUUCAAUUAAAGAACACCUUGCCAAGGGACAGAGGAUGCUGGCAAGUGAUGGGAUGUCCCAGGUGACCAAGACUCUACUGGAUUUAACUCAGAGGAAAAAUUUCUAUGCAGGUGAUCUUCUAAUGUCUGUGGAAAUACUCAGAAAUGUGACAGACACGUUUAAAAGGGCAAGUUACAUCCCUGCAUCUGAUGGUGUCCAGAACUUCUUUCAAAUAGUUAGUAACCUUCUAGAUGAAGAAAACAAGGAAAAAUGGGAAGAUGCACAACAGAUUUAUCCAGGCUCAAUAGAGUUAAUGCAGGUGAUUGAAGAUUUUAUACACAUUGUUGGAAUGGGGAUGAUGGACUUUCAGAAUUCAUACCUAAUGACUGGAAAUGUAGUGGCUAGCAUUCAAAAGCUUCCUGCAGCCUCUGUCCUAACAGACAUCAACUUCCCAAUGAAAGGACGAAAAGGAAUGGUUGACUGGGCAAGAAACUCUGAAGACAGAGUGGUCAUUCCAAAAAGUAUUUUCACUCCUCUGUCAUCAAAAGAAUUAGAUGAAUCGUCUGUGUUUGUUCUUGGAGCAGUCCUGUACAAAAACUUAGAUCUUAUUUUACCCACUUUGAGAAAUUAUACUGUUGUUAAUUCCAAAAUCAUCGUGGUCACAAUCAGGCCUGAACCCAAAACAACUGAUUCAUUCCUGGAGAUUGAACUAGCACAUUUGGCUAAUGGUACUUUGAAUCCCUAUUGUGUGUUGUGGGAUGACUCAAAAACGAACGAGUCUUUGGGAACGUGGUCCACCCAGGGAUGUAAAACUGUGCUUACCGAUGCAUCCCAUACGAAAUGCUUAUGUGAUCGUCUCUCUACCUUCGCCAUUUUGGCUCAGCAACCUAGAGAAAUAAUCAUGGAGUCCUCUGGUACACCUUCAGUCACCCUAAUAGUAGGCAGUGGCCUUUCUUGCUUGGCCUUGAUCACCCUAGCAGUUGUCUAUGCAGCAUUAUGGAGGUAUAUACGCUCUGAGCGGUCCAUAAUUUUGAUUAACUUCUGCCUGUCUAUCAUCUCAUCCAAUAUCCUCAUACUGGUUGGGCAGACUCAGACACAUAAUAAGAGCAUCUGUACAACUACCACUGCAUUUUUGCACUUUUUCUUCCUGGCUUCAUUCUGUUGGGUUUUGACUGAGGCGUGGCAGUCAUAUAUGGCUGUAACUGGAAAAAUUAGGACCCGGCUUAUAAGGAAACGCUUUUUGUGCCUUGGGUGGGGUUUACCAGCAUUAGUUGUGGCCACAUCAGUAGGCUUCACCAGGACGAAAGGAUAUGGGACUGAUCACUACUGCUGGCUCUCUCUUGAAGGCGGACUUCUCUAUGCUUUUGUCGGACCUGCAGCCGCUGUUGUCCUGGUCAACAUGGUGAUUGGCAUUUUGGUUUUUAAUAAACUUGUUUCCAGAGAUGGGAUCCUAGAUAAAAAGCUCAAACACAGAGCCGGUCAGAUGAGUGAACCUCAUAGCGGUUUGACGCUCAAAUGUGCCAAGUGUGGAGUAGUUUCAACAACAGCUUUGUCAGCCACCACCGCCAGUAACGCCAUGGCAUCUCUCUGGAGCUCUUGUGUGGUGUUGCCCCUUCUGGCCCUGACAUGGAUGUCUGCGGUUCUGGCCAUGACAGAUAAACGGUCCAUAUUAUUUCAAAUACUGUUUGCUGUGUUUGAUUCACUGCAAGGUUUUGUAAUCGUUAUGGUGCACUGCAUUCUUCGGAGGGAGGUUCAGGAUGCAUUUAGAUGCCGUUUGAGAAAUUGUCAGGAUCCAAUCAAUGCUGAUUCUUCAAGUUCUUUUCCCAAUGGGCAUGCUCAAAUAAUGACAGACUUUGAAAAGGAUGUAGACAUUGCUUGUCGAUCAGUUCUUCAUAAGGAUAUUGGUCCUUGCCGAGCAGCCACAAUAACAGGAACACUCUCGAGGAUUUCUCUAAAUGAUGAUGAGGAAGAAAAGGGAACAAAUCCAGAAGGGCUAAGCUAUUCAACUUUGCCUGGAAAUGUCAUUUCUAAAGUCAUCAUUCAGCAACCAACAGGUCUGCACAUGCCCAUGAGUAUGAACGAGCUGAGCAAUCAAUGUUUAAAAAAGGAGAACACCGAGCUGCGGAGAACUGUGUACUUAUGUACAGAUGAUAAUUUGAGAGGGGCUGAUAUGGACAUAGUCCAUCCUCAAGAAAGAAUGAUGGAAAGUGACUAUAUUGUGAUGCCCAGAAGUUCUGUAAAUACCCAACCAUCAAUGAAAGAAGAAAGUAAAAUGAAUAUUGGCAUGGACACCUUGCCGCAUGAAAGGCUAUUGCACUACAAAGUUAAUCCUGAGUUCAACAUGAAUCCCCCUGUAAUAGACCAAUUUAAUAUGAACUUAGAGCAGCAUCUUGCACCCCAGGAACAUAUGCAGAAUUUGCCCUUUGAGCCUCGCACAGCUGUGAAGAACUUCAUGGCCUCUGAGUUGGAUGAUAAUGCAGGACUUUCAAGGAGUGAAACUGGAUCAACAAUAUCAAUGAGUUCUCUAGAGAGAAGAAAGUCACGCUAUUCAGACCUUGACUUUGAGAAGGUCAUGCAUACAAGGAAGAGGCAUAUGGAAUUAUUUCAGGAACUAAAUCAAAAAUUUCAAACUUUGGACAGAUUCCGGGAUAUACCAAAUACAAGCAGUAUGGAAAACCCAGCACCAAACAAGAAUCCAUGGGACACUUUCAAAAACCCCAGUGAAUAUCAACAUUACACCACAAUCAAUGUCUUAGACACAGAGGCUAAAGAUGCUUUGGAACUGAGGCCAGCAGAAUGGGAGAAGUGUCUGAAUUUGCCUCUGGAUGUGCAGGAGGGUGACUUUCAAACAGAAGUUUAACAAAAUCCAAGUGGAUUGAGGUGAAGACAAAACAAUUUAUUGCACUGACACUUAAGACUUGGGAAGCCUGGCAUUUCUAUCUGGACAGUGUGACUAUCUUAUGUCAGGACCUUCAUGUGCCAAAAGUCAGUGGUAUUUUCGUAUGGUAACUUCUCACUAGUCAGGCUAGUGGAGAGAGAACCAGGUGUACAGUUCUGACCAUCCUGUGUUGUAAGUACCCGUGGAAUGGAUUUGUAAGGUAAUCUUUAUAGAUAAACCUCAACAACGAUUCAUGUUGUAACCGCUUCAUAUGGUUUAGUUUUCAGAAAACUUCACCAUGAAGCACAA